AUGAAGAAUGAAUGUUGGCAAAAAGCUAUUGAAAGCGAACUUCUCGCCUUGGAAGAAAAUCAGACAUGGGAUAUAGUGUCAUACCCUUCAUCUGUUAAACCCUUAGGCAGCAAGUUUGUGUUCUCUAUAAAGUUGCGUUCGGAUGACUCCAUAGACCGUUACAAGGCGCGACUGGUUGUGCUUGGAAAUAAGCAAGAGUAUGGCCUAGCCUAUGACGAGACUUUUGCUCCAGUUGCCAAGAUGACCACUGUGUGCACUAUCCUUGCUCUUGCUACAUCCAAAUCUUGGCCAUUACAUCAAAUGGAUGUCAAAAAUGCAUUCCUCCAUGGUGACCUUAAGGAGGAAGUUUACAUCACACUUCCUGGUGGUAUGUCGACCCUCUCCCCAAUAUGGAUUGAAGUAGGCCCCAAGAGCAUCGUCGUACUUCUUGUUUAUGUGGAUGACAUUGUGGUCACUCGUUCUGAUCAAGAUGUUAUUUCUAGAAUCAAACAAAUGCUGCAUUCAAAUUUUCACAUGAAAGGGUUAGGAUAUCUCAAUUAUUUCUUGGGUUUAGAGGUGCAUUACCAUCCUGAAGGCAUUUUCGUAAACCAACAUAAAUAUAUUCAAGAUUUGGUCCAACUAGCGGGACUCAGUAAUUCUACCUUUGUUGACACUCCAAUGGAAGUUAAUGUUAAAUAUAGGCGACAUGAAGAAGAGCUUCUUGACAAUCCCACUCAAUAUCGGAAACUAGUUGGUAGUCUCAUCUAUGUGACCAUCACUCGUCUUGAUAUUUCUUUUGCUGUACACACUGUUAGUAAGUUCAUGCAAUCUCCACGACACUUUCAUUUUUCAGUCGUGCAACGUAUCAUUAAAUAUCUCCUUGGAACUUCAAGUCGUGGUUUAUUCUUUCCUGGUAAUUCAUCUCUUCAACUCCAAGCUUAUAAUGACGCUGAUUGGGCUGGCUAUCCAGACACUAGGAGAUCAACUACUGGCUGGUGUAUGUUCCUAGGAAUGCUCCUAUUUCAUGGAAAUCUUGGAUUGUCUCAAGCACAACCAACUCCACUGCAUGCUGAUAACACCAGUGCCAUACAGAUUGCAGCAAAUCAGUUUACCACAAACGGACGAAACACAUCGAGGUCGAUUGUCACUCUAUCCAAGAAGCGUAUGAUCGUAGAGUCAUCAAUCUACCACAUGUCUCAACAUCCGUUCAAAUAG